AUGACGACGGGCGGCUCAGGCGGACGCGGCAGGACGGCCGACGCAGACGCGUUUCGGAGCAGCGAGAGGAGGAUCCCCAAGGGGCCUGAUCCUAUUCACAACAGAAGCAGAGGAAUUCCUAACACAGCCCGCCCUGAAUCAACACCUGAUGCUCACCUUCGUUCUCCUCGGUUGGGAAUGCGCUGCCUGCAGGCGUGCCGGCAAGACGACGAUCGUGCCGCGCCGGAGAGACUAGCCGGAGGCCGGGGAACUACCACAAAAGCUACCACCGGAAGGUUCCGCCGGCGCUCAUCGUCCUGCAGCAUCGAGCGUUUGGAUGGGAAGGAUGAGCUACCUGACUUGCAGUUCGUUAGCCACGCCGAAGAUGAGAUUAGUGCAAAGAGGUUAAUUACGCAGCAGCACACUCCUUCGAUGGGGAUUUUGGUGAUUCUAGGGGCAGGCAGGCAGGCAGGCUACUAUACACCCCUCCUCCUCCUUUUUUUUGAAGUGUUCGAGGAGCAAGAAAAGAAAAGAACUGAACUGAACACACCGUUAGAUUCCCGUCCAGGAUCAGUUCGAAGCAGCCGCCGCUUGUUGGCUCCGACGGUACUACACCGUGUUAAAAAAAAUGCAGAACCAUCAGAUCAGAAUGUCGCCAAAAAACAAAUGUCAGAAGCAUGGUGCGUGCGUGUCCAACAGGCCAGGAGGCAGAUCACCGCGGCAGAGUGCAGUGCAGACGCGUGCGCGGGCGGCCCGGCAGCGAAGGACAGACCUCGUGGGAUUGACACGGUGGUGGGCGGGCGAGGCUGGUCUCGGCGUCCUGGGCUGUGA